GCAUGAGAAUGUACUCUCGACAGGAUUUAUGGGAGGUGAAUAAAUGAAAUGAAAUUAGGACGUUCGAUAAUAUCCAAAGAAUUACUCUUUUCAUCAUUCCUCCACUUAUCCAAUGACUGGAUACAUUGACAUAAGUCAACAUAAAAUCUAUAUAUUUCAAUCAGAUUUUCUUAUCCGAAUGAUGUGGUAAUUGUAUAAUUCGAAUAAGUGUGUUUUUGUUUUUACUGUUUCAAGCUCGAUUACUACUGUUAUGUGUUUCGCAAAACUAAUAUGAAGUGUUAUUAUGACUACUUCCCUUCUUGAAGCAGAUCAUAUGAUCUUGAUGUGUUUGAUGUCUCGUGAGCGCUGUUGAGUGUAUGGAUGUUUACUCCCAGGCAGGAAUAUUAGCAUUAUCGCUGUUAUUCAUGUGACCGCUUCGAUAUUGACUGAAAAACAAAAAAAAAAGUGUACAAUUUCCGAAUUUCACUUUUGUCAGUAAGAACAAAAUACUUUCAGCAUAUAAGGGAGAUUAAAUAAUGCAGUCGUAUGAGCAGGAUGAUGAUGAUCAGUAUAAUGCUGGGUAUGAUGUGGGGUCAUUUCCCAAAGAUUUUGGUUAUGGUCCUUUUGAUCAGGAUGGAGAUGGACUUCCAGGGCCACUAGUUGGUGAACAGAAGCCAAGGAUUCUUCUUAUGGGGCUCAGAAGAAGUGGUAAAUCUUCAAUCCAGAAAGUGGUGUUCCAUAAAAUGUCACCAAAUGAAACAUUGUUCUUGGAAAGCACCAAUAAAAUCAUAAAAGAUGACAUCUCCAACUCUAGUUUUGUCCAGUUCCAGAUAUGGGAUUUUCCAGGACAGAUUGAUUUCUUUGAUCCUACGUUUGAUUCUGAUAUGAUAUUUGGAGGCUGUGGAGCCUUAGUUUUUGUCAUCGACGCUCAGGACGAUUAUACGGAUGCAUUAAAUAAACUUCACCUCACAGUAACAAAAGCUUUCAAGGUUAACCAGGGUAUUAGAUUUGAAGUAUUUAUCCACAAGGUGGAUGGUCUUUCAGAUGAUUACAAGAUGGAAACUCAAAGGGAUAUUCAUCAGCGAGCCAAUGAUGAUCUGGCAGACUCCAGUUGUGACCAAAUUCACUUAAGCUUCCACUUAACAUCAAUAUAUGACCAUAGUAUCUUUGAAGCAUUCAGUAAAGUGGUGCAGAAGUUGAUUCCUCAGUUACCAACGCUAGAGAACCUGCUCAAUAUUCUAAUAUCGAAUUCAGCUAUAGAAAAGGCAUUUUUAUUUGAUGUGGUGUCAAAAAUCUACAUUGCAACAGACUCAUCACCCGUUGAUAUGCAGAGUUAUGAAUUGUGCUGUGACAUGAUUGAUGUAGUAAUAGAUGUCUCAUGUAUAUAUGGUCUACAGGAUGACACAGAGGCAGCAGCGUUUGACUUUCAGAGUUCUAGUCUGAUUAAACUGAACAAUGGCACCAUAUUGUAUCUUAGGGAAGUAAACAAGUUCUUAGCAUUAGUUUGCAUUCUCCGAGAAGACAAUUUCGACAGGCAAGGUAUCAUCGAUUACAACUUCUUGUGCUUUCGUGAAGCUAUUCAACAAGUUUUUGAACUUCGUAAUAAGAGUCAGGUAUAUGUAGCCCUCACCACAAACCAUCAUUCGAACGUUUUAAGUAAUCAGAAUACAACUGUGAACUCAGAGACACAGAACACAGCAUUAAACUCUGCAGCUGUUCAGAGGUGAAGGUACAAGGAUGAACCAUGUGUACUGUUAAAAUAGCUAAACUGUGCAAGUGGAUGUCAGUUACUGACUUCAUGGGGGAUAUUUCCAUGUACAAGUUUAAGUGGAAGUUGUUGAAUGAGAUAUGUUGUAAUGUUUUAAUUUAAUGUCAGAUUUCAUGAAAGAUUUA